AUGAAUGCAACACUCUUUCGCGUUAAUUUGACCCUCCAGCUCGACCUUCUGGAAGCCGAGGAGCUCUCACAGCCUCUCCUGACGGCGCUGGAACGUGUCUUCAUUCAGUACAAAACUGUUGACAUAGUAAGAGACAUCCCUCAAGGACGCGACUCACGGCAAAAGCAAUUGAACAGAGAACCUGAAACAUUACGGCCACACACCUGCUCGUCACGCCUGCUUGUCAUGGACUGCAGUGUCGACAUGGAGCGCCAAAACCACAAAGCAUAUUCCGCUGAAUUAACAGUGACGGACGGGACUCAUAGAAGAACGCCGCGCGCUCUUGAGCGUCGGUGCGGCUGCCACCUGAACAGCCUGGGCAGUUUAGGUUACUGUGUGGUGGUGCUGGGACUCACUACCUACGUGAUCGCCACCGAGGUGCAGCAGUUCCUCAAGUACCUGAACCUUCCCUGGCCCCACCACAGCCUCCCGAGCCUCGAACUCAACGUCCACAUCGGUUUGGUCGGAGCGGCAGCCGUAUUGCUCUUCUUCUUCUUCGGAGCAGCUGUGUUUAAGAUCGGGAACUUUGCAAACGACGGCUACAGACUCGGGGUGCAAGAUGGGGCGUGUUCCCGCGAUGCCCCUCCGCUUCCUGGCCCGGCUGGCGGCUUGGUGAGGGGCGCCUGGCUGCACGGAGGUCCCACGGCGCCCUUCCUCCAUCUGCUGGUCGCCCACUUGCUCAUUGUGGCCAGACUUGUGAUUGAGGCGGCGGCUACCAAGGCCACCUUUCUGCCAGAGAGCACAGUGUGGUGGUCGGAGCUGUCCCGCGUGCUGCCUCAGCGGGAGCGUCUGUCCGUCUUCAAUCUCCUGGCCACCUUCGCAGGCACCCCCACGCCCGCCACCCCAGGUCCCGUGGCCAUGAGAUACGAGGCGUCCACGUCGGUGACCUUCCAGGCAAUGGACAUCACCACCCGCAGGGACGGCGAGGGCAGGGCGGACGGGGAGGAGGGGGCGGAGGAGGAGGACAUGUGGCACAUCGGAGAGAUCCCGUGGGGGCCCUUCUCGCCACACUUCUUUAACUACCUGCUGGCACACCUGGUCUACGCCGGCAGGUACGCCGGCGUGUUCUGGGGCACCAACAAGGCUCUCGGUCUCGUUUUCUUCACCCAGCUGAUCCUGAACGCGGCGCAGAGCAUCUUCUCCAUCAAUGGCUUUCAGGUGUUGUACAAGGUGCACGUGGUGGGCGCCGAGCACGUGCUGCCAGUGUUUGAGGGCUUCCUGCUGCCCCUCCCCGCCUGCGUCGCCGUGUUCACCGCCUCGCAGGUCCUGGUCCUCGCUUCGGGCUCCAUAAUUUAUCUCUACGGUUUCGUCAAGUUUAAUUCCUUCCUUAGCGCAGAGAAGGAGAAAUACCACAUCCUUAGCAAGCACGGCCACCAGGUGAGUACGCCUUGGAGCUACUGGCCUCACUGCUGGGCCUUGACGGUGCUCGUGGCGAUGACUGCAGCCGCCUCCCCUCUGGUAUAUGAUUGGAAUGUCGUGUACCGGCCCUCGCUGGAUACCUCGGUCCUUGCUGCCAUCAUAGCUACCAUCGCUCAUCUCUUUCUGUGGAUUCUCCUGUGGCUUGCUCUCACUCUGAAGUCCCGUUGGCACUUCAAGCUGCGAGUGCAGAUCUCCAAGACCAUCGUCACCAGCACGCACUCCAUCCGCCUGGUGAACGAGGUGCAGCUCUCCCGCCAGAUUGAGGACACAGAGGGCCCAGUGAUGGUGAUCGGCGCGGGCAAGACUUACCUGCUGCAGGAGGGAAGCCCGAAGCGAUCCCUCAUGAAGCUCGUCAUGCACACCGUCACACAGAAGAAGGCUCGCGGAGAGGAGGAAGAGAUCUACUGGCUGCGCCCUAAGCCCCCCAGGCAGGCUCGGGCUCCUGGCACAAGAGAAAGCAGUCCCCAGGCGUCAAACAUAAGGUUACAUUUAACGAUACGCCUUCCACCUCCAGGAAACGACUCCGGGCGCGGCCAGUGUCCCGACGUGCUGGGCGACCUUACCGAGUCGGAAACUUCUGACAGCGACGGCGACUACGCGAGGCUGCGAGACGUGUCCUUCCCGGGGCCCACCAGGAAGCUGUCCAACAAGGUGAACGCAGCCCGGCAGAUUAUUUAUGUCUUACAGGAAGAGCAGGCUGAGGAAACUAACGCAAGAGGUCAUGCUGAAGUCUCCCAACCAGAGCCCGAGUCUUUGUCAGUGGGCGGAGACUUCCCAGCCCCGCCCCCCGAACUCACUGACCCCGCCCAUUAUCCACCCCCACCCUCCACGCCGCCACCACCCCUGCCGGCACCCCCCGAGGCCUGCAGCCCCCCUCCCGGCCCGCCAGCCGUCCCCCAACAUGCUCCGCAGAUGCUUCAGCAGCAGCAGCAGCAACAACACCAGCAGCAGCAGCAGCAGCAGCAUCAACAGCAGCAGCAGCAGCAGCAGCAACAACAACAACAACAACAACACAUGUCCCAAACAUCUCAGCAGCAGCAGCACAUCCAGCAACAACAUCACAUGCACCAGCAGCACCAGCAGGUCCAACAUCAACUGCAACAACAACAGCAACAACAACAAAUGCAGCAACAACAUUUACAACAGCAGCAACAUCUCCAGCAACAACAACAUUUGCAGCAGCAGCAACAGCAACAGCAAAUGCAGCAACAGCAACAAUUACAGCAGCAGCAGCAGCAACACCAUCUCCACAGUCAGCACCACCAGCACCCACAGCAGCCUCCCCAAGUACCACAGCACAUGACGCAGCCACACUUACAGCAGCAGCAUCUCGCACAGCCCCACCCUCAGAUCCACGUGCUGCGGGGCACCUCUCAGGAGAGCAGCCCCGGCCGCAGCGGAGAGUCAAACCUGGCGGUGGGUGAGGUGCCGCGUUGCUCGGACUCCUCCUCCACCGCCUCCUCCGUCAGCCCCCCGGACAAGCGCUGUGACUCUGGUAUCCACUCGCAGGCAUCCUACUCCUCCUCCUCCGCCUCACACUCCAAGUCGGGCUCCUCUGGAUCGGAAAGCUGCGUGCCCAUCCCUCCGGCGGGGCCGCCCCGCUGCUCCAGCGUGGAUGACCUGUGCCGGACCCAGCCCCCGCCGCCGCCCCCGGAGCCUACUGUGAAGAGCCUCUCCUUGCAAAGGGACACCGUGCCCCCCACUGGCAAGGAGGCUCCUCCGGGCAAGGCGGGACGACUGAACAUUGAGGUGGUGGGUGGAGGCUACGGUUUCCUGCCACCCUCUAAGUUCGUGGCGUCCGAGCCAGUCUACAGCGACGCCUCCACGCCAGUGGUCAUCAAGAGACGAAGCUCCGUCACCGCCGUGGAACCCGACACGCCUCCCUACGAGCGCUCGGGCUCCUCCUUCAGCACCUUCACGGAGCCCCAGCUGCCUCGGGCGGUGCUGAAGGGCAACCCGUAUCCAGCCGCCAAGUCACAAACGGUCGCGGCUCACGGCCUGCGCGCCCGGCGGCUGCCAGCAGCCGACGCCAAGCACGCCACCAUCGCUGGGGCAGUGCCCCCCAAGGGCUUCCAUCAGCCGGGCCACAUCGACUCGCGCUACUUCUCUGUGCCCGCCGUCAAGCCGCCAGGUACCCGUGUGCACCCGGCGCCCACUCCCACCCUCUCCUAUCGCACCCCCUCCCUCCACUAACUCUCACGCCCGUACGGGAGUGAUGGCGUAAAGCAGUGACUCGUAGACAGCACACUUAUCACCAGCUGACAGAAGAACCAUGGAACCAAAGACCGCUGCAGGCUUGCCACCAGCUGACAGGAGAACCGGAGGAGGACUUCUCGCCGCUUAGUGCUCAGAAGUCACACUCGCCGGCGCACCAGGGCAAAGAUGACUCACUAGAUAGCUGCUAACGAUAAGGCUUGUGAGAGGUACAUAUCGCGUGGCCCAACACAUCGCUGAACGUCACACCGCAGUGAUAGUUUCCCUUCCUCACGGCAGGUUAAUUUUUCAAGGCUUGAGAUUCCCGAUGUCAUGGACCCAGAACCCAGUAGAGCUUCGUGUGGCCCAGCCGAGGCGCUGAUGUCAGAGUGUGAGUGUUGUGUGUGCGAGGCUCCCUACCGCCUCGCAUUGCUGAAAGACUUGUGUACCCGCCUCUUGGAAAUCGUCAUAUUGCCUUAUGGUGUUGGGUUGCUAACCUAGAUUUAUGGCAAGUCAAUGUGAUGUACCAGUGAAGUGUAUUUCGUACUGAUAUAGAUGACAGUUUACGAUGUACGGAGGGCACAAAUUAAUGUAACACUUAUUUAGUUUAUUAUUACAAUUUAAGGCAACUGUGAAUGCUUCAUUUUGUAUGUUAAUAUUAAUUCAUGAUACAAGAAUAUUCCCAGUGUAGCUACACUAUAUACCGCGGAGUUUUCUCUCGUAUGUUAAGGCACUUCUGAAGUGCUGAGCGGCAGACAGUGGCGGUGACGCCGCAGCAGGGGAGGGCGCCGCUGCUCCUGGCCGGACUCUUGACGCACAGAAGGGGAAAUAAAACGGUAAAGAAUUGUGUUAAUUUUGCAUAUCAGCUCAAUAUAUCGUACUGGCUGUAGCCUCGCGCUGCUCCUCGUCUUGUAAUCCACCAGCCUUUAUCAGUGUAGAUAAUUAUGUCUUGUAUCUUCUUUUAUCUCUUCAUUCCUUCAGCGAAGAGCAACAGCAGCAGCAGCAGCAGUAGCAGCAGCAGCAGCAGGGCCGUGGUGGUGGCGGCGCGCCCCACCUCAGCUCCUGCAGGUGCGGGAGUGCCCUAGUCUUGCCCUGGGCAGAGGCAGUGUCAGCCUCUGGUGACUUUUCUAUCAAGUGUAAAGUUUAUAUUAUUUUAUUAAUUUCUAGUCUAGUUAAUGAAUCAUUGUUCUGUAAGGUUAUCAAAAAAGAAAGAUUUGCGCGUUAGGAGAACCUGUACAUAAUACCACUACCAAAGAUUUCAUACAGUGUACAUAGUUACAACGAUAUGUAGAGCAACGCGUGCCCUGCCUCCCUCUCCCCUCCCCGCGUGAAUGGUGCUCUCUGGAGAUGUCUGAAUCAAAAAUUUGUUAUUGAUCGUCUCUAGUUGAUGUACUUGAAUAAUACUUGUCCUGCGCCCGUGUGAAUGUGUGCGUGGGGAGGAAAGCUGUCACGGCCCACCACCAGUUCAAUCACAUUCCGCGAUUCUUUGGUUUCCAUUAUUUUCAUCCAUCAUCACUUUUAUGUUAUACUUCCGUCAUCUGUUCCUUGUAUUCCUAAAUUAUAGACUUUUUUCAGUAGAUUUUGCUCCUAUGUUUUCUGACUUUUUAACUACAACUAGUUCUUUCUUGACUAAAAAAAAAAAAAAUAUUAUAUCUUAAUGUUCCAUCCCUCAUAAUCACAAAAUGUAUUCUUUCUUAACUCUCUUUAAAAACUGUUGUACCUUUGCAUUACAUCCCUCACAUCCACAAGAUAUACAUACUCUCCCAUACUAGACAUAACACUCGCAAGUUAACAUACUCUAUAAAGCUUUAUCCUUCUAUGCCGUGAGUCCUUGGCGCGUGGCGGACUCGGAAAAUACCACAGGACCAGUUAUAUUACCCAAUCACUCGCCUGUGGUAUCUUGGCAUCGAUAUUUUCAAGACUCAUGCCUUCAUCCCCGCCGCCGCUGCCCCGCCAUAGCUCUCCAUAACAGACCAUGAAGUAGGCAGAGGACCAUAUUCGGAAACACUUCUAGCCGCAUCCACACUAUUUUCAAAACGCUCUAAUUGAUGCUACACGAGUUUUUAAGGGUGAUUUUACGGUUUUGGUAACGGAUUAACAAAAUUUAUAUAUUAUUUAAAGGAGAGAGAGUCUUGAGAACCCGGCCAGUCGUCUCUGCGGCCUUUGAAAACAGUCAUGAUGAGAGCAAAGCGUUUCUGAAUACGAGCCAACGUUAUCUCGCCUCCACUCCCUCCCCUUCAUGUAUCGUAUUCGUCGUAUCGUCAUGUCACGGACGAAGUAAAUAAAUGCUGAUAUGUAACGUACGUGAGAGGUAUUAUUCAGGUACAGUUUGUGACGGCUUGGAACGCUUUUCAUUUUAUUUUAUUUAACGAACAGCAAAUGCAAAAAAAGAAGACAAAUUGUUUAUAAGGAUAUUCAAGUCUAUCUUUAAAUUAUAUACAUAUUGGAUAAGUCUAUGUAUAAAAAAAAGUGAUAUAUAUAUGUAUGGCUAUAUAGGUAAUACUACACACCUCGAUACGUACAAGAACAGCAUAGUGGCGUGAUGACCUGGAAACCCGCCGUGGCCAGCCCGUCGUGGCGCUGACCUCUAAACCACACCUGAAGGCGGUACCCAAGACACGAGUGAGGACCGCGUGCGUGAAGUUCUCAUUGACUCACAGAACGGUCAUUUUGUAUCAGAUUUUUCAUGAGGCAAAUUCCUUCAGAAGUUCAGAGAUAUAUACGAGUGUUGGUAUUGCCCUCAGAUUCAAGUAUGUUAUUUUGUAUAUUCAUGUAAUGGCUGUUAAUCUACAUUUAUAUAAGUCAUUCUAUAUUGUAUCGAUAUUUUUUUUUUCCAGCUCCAAAGCGCCUCCCGAGAUCUUGAUUAGUGCCAGACAGACGUGCAGUGUGAUCUAGUGAUUUUUAUACAGAUUAAUUUGUAUCAUAAUAAAAGGUUUACUGGAAGACACACUCGCAAUACACUCAAGCCAACAACUGCCGCUCGGCCACACGUGCACGAGGGAGAAAGCUAAGUGUUCCCGACAACCCUCACACUACAUCACCGUAACUAGCGUGGCGUGUCAGGUGAUGUUCGCACCUGCACGCGUGUAUAUAGAACGUUUCCAGGACUGCAUUCAGGCGUACCUGCAGCACCUAAUGUAUGCUGCAGGAUGCAAAUAUUUUGUAUGUACUUUAUACAUAACUAUAUGUUCGUAGGGUGAGGAAAGUGGAAUGUAUGGCUGUUCUGUAUUCUCUCCCUCGGCAGUAAGAGUGAAGUGUGAGGAGGACAGUCACCCUCGCACCCCUCUCCCUCCCAUACCGGGGCCCAAGUGUGCGGCCUCCCACGCCUAGCCUCGGAGAAUUGCAUUUUCUUCUUAAUUCUUUUUAAAGCCGUCUUGCCCUGAGCACCCUCGCCGCGGCCACAGCCCCGAUGUCGCGCUUGUUCUCGUUUACUUACGCAAAUGUAUGGACAUGAGGUCCCAUCGGGCAAAACCAAAAUUUUUCGUCUUUUAACUGUUUGAUAAUCAAUAAUUUCAUUAGUAUAUAUAAAGGACAGAGAUAAAACAGCCUAUGAAUGAGCAAUAGCAAAAUUUCAUUCGUGCUUCUGUGCACUGGUGAGGAAAUCUAAAUGCUAUGUUUGCCUUCUGUGGACGCCACCCGCUCAGUGCCGAGGUGCGAGGGUGAAGGGUGAGGAGAGGCGGCCAGGGAGUGUGACAGUGCCAGCAGCAACAACACGUCAACAAGCCCACACUCACCACUACCGCAUCAGCUGCUGGAAGGCUGAGUCAGUUUGACAGCCAUGACGAAACAGUUUGCGAUCGGUAAAGGACCGGAGGCUCGUGUCACCGGACGCCAGUCUAGUGCCGCGGAGAGCCCGUUGGAAGGUGAUGACUGCGCUCUGUAGUCGGACCAGGCUCGGAUACUGAGACAGGUCCAUUCGUCUGUAUAUAACUGAGCCUCGCCUCCAGUACUGAUGACCAGAAGCCAACACAACUUGAUUUUUAUCUCUUUGUCAUCCAGGAACUGAAGUUUCCCCACGUUUGAAAUAUUUAACUCUGUGUACACUCCUAGUUGUACUAUAUCAUGUGCUGUACAUGAAUGUACUUCUCGUAGCUUAGAUGUCAAAAGUACAGUAUUACCAAUGUCUGUGAACCCUGCCUUUGGAAACAUGUCACUGACUCGGGUACAGAAUCCCCUUGGAGUAUCUGUGUAUAAAAGGUUACUAAAUUAUCGGUCAUAAUUCACAACCCAACGAGGCAUCCAAUGGCAGGCCUAAGCUAAAAAAAAAAAUAUUCAAACGACCAGCAUUGAUUUUAUUAGUCUAAUUAACAUUUAAUAUGCUUUUCACUUUUCUACUUAUUAAUGAUGCGUUUUUUGGUACACUAUGAAAAGUGAUUUACAUUUUUAUACCCAUAAUAAUUAAAGAUGUGGAUCGAGGGCCCUCAUGCGUGGAGGACUGACCCAAGGCCUCUGGACCCCACACACUGCCGCGCCUUACUAAGGCCAUCUAGAGAGCCUUGGCCUCAUCCACCGACCGCUCCCCACCAGCCUCUAACACUGCCCACUUUUUCUCCUCCUGUGUUCACUUGACAUCUUACAACAAGAACUCAAAAGAGAAUAGCAACAAGUCACACCUCCAAGAACAGUUCAAAGUCAACGGGUCCCCUGGGUGGGCCGAGGUACAGGCUGGUGGUGACGUGCCCACCCGGCGCCUCCAUCUCAGUGUUGUGAGGUUCAACCCUUGGUUAGUCUUCUGAUCGGAGAAUGAAUGCCUGUUCAACCUCACAGCAAUGUAUGUAUAUCACUUAAGGAUAAAAAUUAUAAAAAAAAAUUACAGAUAUGUAGGCCAUUGUAUUUGUGAGCCGGUUUGAUUGACUUAGUUGUUGUAUUGUCAUGAAUGGUUAUGAUUUUACGGAUAUUUAUGUACAAAUAAUUUAAGUUUUUAUGUGGCGAGGUGGUGCUAUGUGUGUGUGGCGAUGUAUUAUAUGAAGCCAAUAAAAUGUGAGGUCUC